AAUCAGUUUUUUAUUUCAUGAUGUUAUGUUUUUACUAGUUUGAUUUAAUUUUGCUUAAAUAUAGCUGCCUAGGGUUCAAAAAUCAUUUUUUUUCCAUUUAUUUAUUUUGUUAUUCUACUUACAGAAAAGUACCAAAAUUACAACUUUAGAAAAUAGUUCAUUCAUAUUCUUCAUUAUACUUUAGGAUCAAUUAUACUCUUACCGUUAUUCUAUGGGUCAAUUAUACCCUUAUAUCUAACAGCUGCCAAUCCCGGCCCUUUAAAAUUAUUUUUCCCUCAAAUAAUUUUUUACCCACUAAAAUAAUCCAAUCAGACCCGAAUUUUUUUUUCAGCUAAGGGGUAAUGGGUUGGGUCUGUGUCACUUUGGCUGGAAAAAAAAUCGAGUUGGGUCGGGUCUGGUUGGAUUAUUUUAGUGGGUAAAAAAUUAUUUGAGGAGAAAAUAAAUUUGAAGGGCUGGGAUGAUCACGUGGCAGCUGCUAGACAUAAAGGUAUAAUUGACCCUAUAGUAUAACGGUAUGGGUAUAAUUGACCCUAAAGUAUAACUAAAGUUAUGAAUGAACUAUUUGUCAAAGUUCAGGUAAUUUUGGCCCUUUUCUGUUCUACUUAUUUGUGCAAGGUUAUUUUCAUAUUUUUUAACCUUUAGUUUCUGAUAGUCGGUCGAAAAAAAUGGUUUUAAUUUUCUUAUUUAUAUAGCAAAUAUUUUAACCUUUUGUUUGUGAUAGUUCUGUAAAGUUCAGGUUUUUAGGACUUGCUGAAAAAGGAAAUUCUGGUAAUAUAAACCAGUAUAAAAAUGAUAGCAGCUAUUUCGUGGAUUCCCAAAGGGGUUGCAAAGUCGAUACCAGCUGAGGCUGAGCCCCCUUCAAAGGAGGAAAUUGAGGAGAUUCUGAAGAGUGGUCUUCUUGAUAAACGUGAAAAUAGUGACGAUGAGGAAGCUGAAGAAGAAAUGAAUGUUGAUGAAUCCAAGGAAAAUGAGGAUGAUGAAGUUGCUGUUGCGUUAGCUGCUGCUGAUGCACUUGGAAAGGCAACAAAAGUUGGUUCUGUAGGAACUGAUGACAUAACAGAUGGUUUAAAGGAAUUGGACAUGGACAACUAUGAUGACGAGGAGGAUGGCAUUGAGCUUUUCGGUUCAGGACUUAAAGACUUGUACUACCCAAGUAAUGACAUGGACCCAUAUCUCAAGGAUAAGGACAAUGACUCUGAAGAUGAUGACGACAUGAUAAUAAGACCUGAUGAUUCUGUUAUAGUUUGCGCAAGCAAUGAGGAUGAUGUCAGUCAGCUUGAGAUAUGGAUUUUGGAAGUUUCAUCAGAUGGUGAAACAAACAUGUAUGUUCACCAUUGUAAUAUUAUACCUGCCUUUCCUCUCUGCACAGCAUGGCUCGAUUGCCCUGUUAAAGGCGGCGAGAAAGGUAACUUCAUAGCUGUGGGCUCAAUGGAACCAGCAAUAGAAAUUUGGGAUAUGGACAUCAUGGAUGAGGUGCAACCAUCUGUUAUUUUAGGUGGCAUUGCUGAUAUAAAGAAAAAGGGUAAAAAGAAAUCUAUCAAAUACAAGAAGGAUAGCCAUUCAGAUUCAGUACUUGGUCUUUCUUGGAACCAGGAAUAUAGGAAUAUACUUGCCAGUGCUAGUGCUGAUCAUACAGUCAAGGUUUGGGAUGUGACUACCGAAGCUUGUAAUCUCACUUUGAAGGACCAUACUGACAAGGUUCAAGCAGUUGCAUGGAAUCCAUUUGCACCACAGAUUCUUCUGAGCGGGUCAUUCGAUCAUACAGUUUGCUUGAAGGACGGUAGGAAACCUUCUCACAGUGGAUUUAAGUUUCCAGUUGCCGCUGAUGUUGAAAGCUUGGCUUGGGAUCCACAUUCUGAGCAUUCGUUUGUGGUCAGCUUGGAGAAUGGUACAGUUACUAGUUUUGACAUCCGCGCUGCUAGUUCUGGUACGACUUCGGAGACAAAGCCAAGUUUCACCAUCCAUGCUCAUGAUAAAGCAGCGUCCUCGUUGUCCUUUAAUCCUCUAGUUCCAAAUCUUCUUGCAACUGGUUCCACAGACAAGAUGGUUAAAUUAUGGGAUUUGACCAACAAUCAACCUUCUUGCAUUGCAUCUAGGAAUCCGAAAGCUGGAGCUGUCUUCUCUGUAUCCUUCUCAGAUGAUUGCCCCUUUUUGCUUGCUGUUGGUGGCUCUAAAGGGAAGUUGCAGCUAUGGGAUAUUGCGUCAGAAGAUGCCGUGUUGAAGAAAUAUGGGAAAUACGUUGCACAAAAAAGGCCGUCGCCACCCAAAUCAUAAUGUAAAUGUAGCUUUCAAGGGUGGUUUUUGGCAGGGUGGUUUUUGUCUCCCCAUAAUAUAUCAUAUGAGCAUGGUACUGUUGCUGCACAUUGCCUGGACCAAUUGAAAGAGGAAGUGAAGAGUUUGGUGGAAUCAAGAUAGGUGUGUGUUUUUUGGGACAUAACCUACACAAUUUCAUUGAACAUGUAUCGGAGACCAGGGUCUAAAUUUUACCAGAGAUUACAAAAAACGUAAGGCGAUCUCUUUUUAUGUGCUUCAACAUUGUUAGGCUGAGUUAUCUUGUACUUGUGUUGGUGGGAGGUAACAGAUUCCCGAUGAUGUAAUAGUUGAGGUGCGGCUGUUCGGACACUACCAUUAUCAGGAAAAAGAAAGUUUGUUGAACAUGUUGGUUGAUUUUUUUAUUUAACGAAAGUCCAUCAGGUGAAAUAUGCACGUAUGACAAUCUUGAUCUAUUUUGGUUCCUUUUUUCAGCAAGACUUCCAUAGCAUAGUUUGAGAGCCAGAAAGAUUCAAGUUAUCACACAAGUGGACUGAUAAUAUAUUAUGCAGUUCUGGGAAAUUAUCUGUUUGUGAAAAACAGAAUGUUUCCUUUUAGUCCUGUUUCUUCAAUGUAUUUUAUCUUUGUGUUGUUUUGGACUGCUUCCCAAUAAAAAAUGAAAUGUGAAGCUGGAACAGAGUCAUUUUUUCCCC